AUGUUCGGAGACCUAGCCAACCUACUCGAACGAGCCACCGAGGUUUGCGAUGUGUCUGUCAUCAAGGAUCAUCUACAGGAGGAAGUCCGCAGUGGCCAGCAGAAUGUACUUCGUAUAAGAGAUAUCAAGGCCACCAGGGAGUUCGUUAGUGCAAUCAAGCCCGCAAGCUGCACUCGAAGUACUUCGAAGCCUGCUGCUCAGCGUCAAGAUGAGCACGAGAUUGGAGCAACGGAUGACGACGAUGAGGCCAUGGCAGACGAGUAUUUUCCCCGAGGAGGGCUCGAACACAUCUUGGUUGCCAUCAAUUCUCAGAAGCUCUCAGAUGCCGCUCGUGAGCACGAGGCCACUGCUGAUAGUAUCGUCGCCGUCACUCACAACGAAACCACCAUCACACCGGGCGAGUCUAAUUCACACGAAGAAGCUCCUGCAACACCUUCUCCAAUGCCUAAUCCAACAACUAACAAGCGAGACCGUUCUAUCUCGGCGACGUCCGUCAAUCCGCCCAACAAGCGUGUCUGCAACCAAGCGGCAUCAUAUCUGCAACCUCUUCGGGCAGCCGCUCCUACACCUUUUAUGAUGGCUGACCAGCACAAUUAUGACGACCGCCCCCCGGGGAUCAAGGCGACCGACGUCUUUCAUCAUCACCUGGAGAUGCAUGUGCAAGACUUGCGCAAGCAACACGAGCAACUCAUCGGCGUCUUGGAGCUUCAACAGCACCACAUAAACCAUGAGCUGGAGAUCCACCAGCCCUGCCUCGAGGCAUAUCGAGCCGCACAAGAAUAUUCCCUCCAAGCCGAGGCCAAAGUCGAAAGCCUUCGAAAGGACAACGAAACACUCAGCGACUGCCUCAAGAACCUCGCUGACUCGCAGAAACUCUGUAUGCCAUCCUCCGCUGAGAAUUUCGAGGCCGUGCAGCAACACGUGCUGGCUCAGUUGGCCGCCAAAGCCAGCGCUCUCCAGGAAGCCGAGGCGGAACUUGGUGCGGCUCACUUGGCAUGCCAUCAGACAGAAGAGGCUGCGCGCCCUGCUUUGGAGUUCAUGAACAGCGAGACGCCCCAGCUCGAGGAAAAGAAAGCAGCUGCUGACAGACUCGGCACGACUGUCAAAUACACAGAGUUCCUUCAAAUUUUGGUCAGAACUAGUCCUUCAGCCAUUGCAACUCUUGACAAGGUACUCCAUGAGAAGGGGUUGUCACUCGAAGAACUUCGUGCGGUGAUUGAGCAGCAUGAUCAGCUCGCCCAGGUUGAUGGUCAGCAGACAGAUGUACCCAUGGCCUGA